GUAAAGUAUAAGCAUUAAAUUUAUGGUUUAUUGGGCGUUAACGUUAUUACGUAGAUAACAUACAUAUUCAGUUUAUUUCUUAGAAUUUCAAAGUUCAUCGGUUGGAAUGAUAAAAAUAUAAAUCAGUGUAUACUAUCGUAAUAAUGCAGACGGGCAAAUGCAAACAUAUACAUGUAAUAGAGAUGGACUCUUAACCAAAGCAAGAUCAUCCAAUUUUAAAGAGACUUAACCGAGGAAGAGAAAGAAAUCAAGGAAGGCAGAAUUCCACAACAUGGCAAGACCGUCAUUUUAUCAAAUUGGGCUAAUGAUAUGCCUCCUUGCUGUGUUAACUUCAACGACGACGACAACAGCAGCUCCAACGACAACAACGGCAGCCCUGACGACGACAGCGGCAGCCCCGACGACGACAACGGCAGUCCCGACGACGACAACGGCAGCCCCGACGACGACAACGGCAGACCCGACGACGACAACGGCAGUCCCGACCACAACAACGGCAGCCCUGACGACGACAACGGCAGCCCCGACGACGACGACGGCAGUCCCGACGACGACAACGGCAGCCCCG